GUAACAGUAAAACAAGAUGAGACUGACACGUUUGAUAUUUUUUUCCAUUCUGAUAACAAUAAAUUCUUCGAAAUGUCCAGAAUCAAGAAAACCACAUUCAACCAGUUGCAUCAUAUUUUAUAAGUGCAUAAAUUUACCUGACGGUGGUUAUGUUUGGGUACCCAGCAAAUGUACAAAUGGCUUGAUAUUUCAACCAUAUUUACAAAUAUGUGUUCUACCUGGUGAUUCUUGGACAUGUGACAUAUUAUCGACAGAAUCAUCUAUUAUAACGGAUAGAUACGAUCAACCAGAAUUGAUAAACCCAAAUGAAACUAGUUACAUGGGAUUAACAGAAGAUCCUUCAAAUUUUUCAGAACUUAUCGAUUCGUCGUAUACCACCGAUAGUAUUCCAGGUAAUCAAGAAAUGAUAACGCCGUAUCCUUUAAUCGAAUUUGAUGAAAAAAUGGAGAAUAGGCACGAACAAAACGUGGAUAACAUUCUUCAAACUAACAAUGUACAAUAUGAUUAUUCGCAAAGAAAAAAUUAUACCGGAAAGGAAUAUUCAAUGUUAAGCCGAUUAAUACGUCAUUUAUUACUUUAUAGAGAAAUCACUAUUCCUUUAGAAAUUCUAGCAUCAAUGUCGCUACCUACUCUUUCAAGAACUAAUACAAGUACAAGUACAAGCGAUAUUUUGUCCAAAGAACCAGAAUUUUCGAAAACUAGUCAACCCAGUGUAUUAAUGAAUUAUCUCAUACAGAAUUACGUUCAACAGAACAACUUGCAAACUGUUACCGCAACUGUUACAAAAUUACAAACCGCAACCGAAGCUGGUAAAAUUUUAAACGAAGACAAUACAAAUGAAUCGAUGUCAAAUGUGGAAGCAGCACCGAAUGAUACAUUACAGACAUUAGUCGAUGAUUCGGAAACCGAAAAUAGUAUAAUUUUAAUUACCGAUAAUGCGGGAAAUAAGCAAUAUUUAACUACUGAAAAAUAUAAAUCGUUAGGGUACAAUAUAAAUUCACAAUUCAUCCGUAUAAUUCCAUGUGUAAAAAAUGUUCGUAUGCCGAAUGCAACUAACUGUGUCAAGUACUAUGUAUGCGAACCGGAAAUGCUUUCCGUAAUAGAGUAUUCGUGUCCGUCUUAUACAGCAUUUAAUAAAUAUACCAGAGUAUGCGAUAGAGAAAGCUACAAUAAAUGUUUGGAAAUGAACCGUCAAAAUGUCAAGCUUUUAGAAGUUGCCGCCAACUCUUCUCAAAUAAAUAUGCUGGAAAACAAUAUAUGUACCGAACACGGAAAAACAAGGGAUGUUGUAUCCGAAUCACAUUAUUACAUUUGUUAUUCUUCUUCGGAUAACUUGCAAAAUUUCAAAUCGAUACGAAUGAUGUGUCCAAACGGUUUGAUAUUUUGUCAAAGCAAGAAAGUCUGUACAACUAAACGUCUCUGUAAGGCAAACUAGUACAAGUGCAUAUCU